AUGAUUCCAGGCGCAGUGCAGGUGUGUUUCAUGCCAGCGCCCGUGGGCCUUUGCGAAGACUGUUGUCCACGAAAUGAUAAUAUUGAUAUUAAAUACAAGCUUUUCACUAGACCUUUCUUUAGAAAAUUCGAAAUUAUAAAGGUGAAUGACCUAGAGUCAGUGACCCGUAGUAGAUUCAAUGCAUCGUAUCCUACUGUCAUGUAUCUAUUUGGAUUUUCCGAAGCGUCCACCGGCGUUAGUACGGUCACACUAAGAAAUGCAUAUUUAUCAACGGGUAACUAUAACUUCAUUAGUGUGGAUUGGUCGCGUCUCAUCGCAUUUCCUUGGUAUGUAUCCGCAGUAGAAAAUACCCGCUACGUCGCAAAACGUCUGGCUGACUUCAUAGAAUUCCUGGACAGUGCAGGUGUUCCAGUCGGCACUUUGCAUUUAAUAGGAUUCUCUUUGGGGGCUGAAGCCGCAGGUUUUACUGGGAAAGAGCUGAAGACGAGGGGUCUUAUUCUGGGAAGAAUCACAGGUCUAGAUCCGGCAUAUCCUGGCUACAGCCUAUACGAUAGCGCAGGUCACCUCAGUAAAGGUGAUGCUGCAUUUGUUGACGUGAUACAUACGAACCCAGGUGUAUUCGGAUUUCCCAAGCCGAUCGGCGAUGUCGACUUCUACCCUAAUUUUGGAGAGUGGAUUCAGCCUGGUUGCUGGAUCGAUCAGCUCGUGAAGAAUAGGCAGAUCAAUUUUAUAUAUGGCUGCAGCCACAAUCGGGCGUGGCGGCUAUACGCCGAAUCGUUGCGGAACCCGACGGGAUUCCCCGCGACCACUUGCAUGGAUUGGAUGAACGCGACCUCUCCUUGCAUCUUCACGAUUGAUGGAUAUAUGGGGUUUGGCAGCCAACCACCGGCAAACGGAAAACUGUAUUUAAAAACAAAUGAACGCUCUCCAUUUGCAAGGAAUGGACCUUAG